GUGAGAUUAUUACCGGAAACACAUAAUAUUCUCUCUCACAGACAAAUUGUGGCAAAUUCUAAGUACACUCUCCAAACAAACAACUUUUAAGAGAGAAAGAUCAAAGAUGGGAGCUGGAAGUUUCCUCAAAGUGGUUCUGAAAAAUUUUGAUGUUCUUGCUGGGCCUGUGCUUAGUCUUGCGUAUCCUCUAUAUGCAUCAGUUAGGGCAAUUGAGAGCAAGUCUCCGAUUGAUGACCAGCAAUGGCUCACCUAUUGGGUUCUCUAUUCCUUGAUCACCCUCUUUGAACUUACUUUUGCCAAAGUCCUUGAAUGGCUUCCAAUCUGGCCAUAUGCAAAGCUGAUCCUUACUUGCUGGUUGGUCAUUCCUUACUUCAGCGGCGCAGCCUAUGUUUAUGAGCACUAUGUUAGACCUUUCUUUGUCAACCCUCAGAACGUUAACAUCUGGUAUGUCCCUAGCAAAAAGGACUCCUUAGGUAAGCCAGAGGACAUUCUCACAGCCGCGGAGAAGUACAUUGAGGAGCAUGGAACUGAAGCAUUUGAGAAUAUGAUUAACAAGGCUGGUAAAUCUAGGAAAAGUAGAGGGCAUGCAAAUGGAAGCUAUUGAAUGAAAUCCGUUGCUAUUAGCUUGUAUCUAUGUUUUGUGUCGUGGCUAUACAACUAUGGUAUAUAGAAUUAUAGAAUAUGGACAACAGAUGUACUAUACAAAUUAGUUUGUUGACUCUUUUUUUUGUUGUCA